AUGAUUGAAAUUCAAAGCGGUCGAAAAAUCAGGACUCUCAGAUCAGACAAUGGUGGUGAAUAUAAGUUUGAUCCUGUCAUGAAAGUUUGUCAAGAUAAGGUUAUUGUGAGGCACUUCACGGUUAGGGAGACACCGCAACAGAAUGGGGUGGUGGAGCGCAUGAACCGUACUUUGCUUGAGAAAGUCUAG